CAUAAACAUAACAUACAUACAUACCAUACCGUAACAGGUCAGACAGAGAGAAACUGGUGCACAUCUUUCCAGACCAGAUCAGGUUCAGCGAGAGACACACUCGAUGAUGGGAAUUUUCUCGCCGCGAUCUAAGUCUCCACUACUACCUCGCAGCGGGGAGGCUAAACAGAAGCAGCAACGGAAUAAAAAUUUCGAGGAUUACUUCCCCUGCCCCCUGAUCCUCCUCCCCCUCCGCGCCCUCUUCCAAACCUCGGGACCAGUCCCGCAUAAUGCCAGAUGCCCGCCCCCACCACCGAUGGAAAUACCCAUCUUAUAUGGAAGAAUUAAAACCCUGGCCAAAGGAUUUCCCCCAAAACAGCCAAAACAACGACAAGAAAAAGAGCCUCACGGAAGCCCAUACACCCCGUGCCCAAUGAGAGAACUUUUCCGAGAAAACCGCCGAUUCACCGGAGACAGUGAUCGGAACAUUCGGGGCAUGCGAACCCCGUAUAGCCAAAUGGUCAGCCCGACGGGGUCAGCAAGCAAUUUUCAGAAUGGCCCAGAGACACCCACGAGCCAGCGGGCACUCUCCACAAAUUCAAGCGUCGAUUCCCCCGCGAUGCCGGAAACACUUGUCAGGAGCCUAUGCAUUGGCUACCCCACGCCGCUGAUGCCGUGCGGUCAUUUAUCGCCAGGGCUCGGAAGGAUCUGCGAGAAAUGCGCGGACACGACUACGGCGUGUGAACGCUGGGUAUCGGGAGUUGAAGAGGCGGGCUCGACCUACGAGCAGGGGCCUCCCGGAUUUGAGCCGAUACCGGAAACACCACUGGCCCCGACAUGUGAAUCCCAGAGCUCGCCAUCGCUGUCUCUUGAGGAGAGGGAAAGGCCCCUCAUUGGACUUGGAAUUGAGAUACCAAGUGCUACUUGCGAAGAACGGGGUUUGCUAUUGACCAACCCUCCCACGCCGCCGCCUUCUCCGCCUCCACCACCUCCACCACCGAAGAGGCGCAAGGAAAGGCCACCGCCGGUGCUAACCGCCAGGCACCUCCAAAGGAGGUUCUCCUGGAAGUUCGAGAAGAACUGCGAUACCGCUAGCGCUACUACCACUACUCCUAGUAGCAAGCGUACCGGAGCAAUAUUUGCGCCACCGCACGUGCAAAAUAUGAGCGAAGUCCGGUCCACAUUCGAGAACUUCCGAGAGAGGUCCUGCACGCUGGAGAAUUGCGGAAGACAUGGGGGGGAUUGGGCAACGGCCACGGCCACUGGCAGUGAUAGGGAUUCCUGCGCAACACUUGUUGCGUCCAUGUACAGCGAGAUCGCAUCGCAGUCUGAGGGCGAGCAGCACCUCGGGGGAGCGUAUUGCGCCCUCAAGCAUUGCAGAAGGUGUCAGGCUGGUGUUGGGGAUCGGCUGGAAUUGUCGAGGAAUAGAAGGUGUGUGACUUGGAUAGUGGACGGAUUGGUGGCAGCACUCACUAAGGGCGUUGGCUGGCUGAGAGGCAAGGGUUGGUACCAGUGA